AUGCGCAGAUCAAUCGGUGCCCAGGACUCCGUGUGGAGCUUCAGAGUUCAUCUCGCUUGGAACAGCUUUUUAGGUGAACCUGACGAGAAAUGGGAUCUCCAGACACUGAGCUCUUUCAUCGACCACGAAGGCAUUUUGAGAACACAAGGACCAGACCAGCGAGGAGAACAAUCUUUUAAGAUUAGUGAGCUUGCUUUAAUCCUGCCAGAAGAAAAAUGUCACACACACCACGUCCAGGUCGCGCCGACCGAGCCAGUCCGUGCCGCUUGGAAGGAAGCUUCAGUGUACCAGAUAUGGCCGGCAUCCUUCAAAGAUUCAACGGGAUCGGGGACAGGAGAUCUCAAGGGCGUUAUCUCCAAAGUCGACUACUUAAAACAGUUGGGUGUCGACACGGUUUGGUUGUCACCCAUUUUUGAGAGUCCUCAAGUCGACAUGGGCUACGACAUCAGCAACUAUCGGGUGAUCGACCCCCAAUAUGGCUCGAUUGAAGAUGUGGACGUGUUGAGGGAUCGGCUCCACGAACGAGGCAUGAAGCUUGUCAUGGAUCUGGUCAUGAAUCACACCAGUGACCAGCACGAGUGGUUCAAACAGUCUCGAAGCUCGCGCCAAAACAAAUACCGGGAUUGGUACAUUUGGAAGCCUGCCCGCAUGGACGCAGAUGGAAAUCGUCAGCCGCCAAACAAUUGGCAAAGCCACUUUCAAGGAAGCGUCUGGGAAUGGGAUGAUGCCACAGAAGAAUACUACCUGCACCUCUACGGCAAAGAACAACCAGACCUCAACUGGGAGAAUCCGGCCGUUCGCCAAGAAGUGCACGAGACGAUGAGAUUCUGGCUUGAUCGGGGCAUUGACGGGUUUCGAUUCGAUGUGAUCAACUUUGUCAGCAAGGAUCAAAGAUUCCCUGACUCAACGAGUGAUUUCUUCCCCGGCUGCGAAUACUAUGCUUGCGGGCCACGACUGCACGAGUAUCUUCAAGAGCUGGGCAGUAUCCUCCAAGAAUACGACGCGUUCAGUGUGGGCGAGAUGCCAUGCGUUCACGACCCCAAGGACAUCAUCAAGAGUGUCCAGCAAGGCCGAAAUGAGUUUAACAUGAUUUUCCACUUUGAGCUAAUGGAUAUUGAUCAUGGUCCAAAGGGGAAGUUUUCCCCCGGACGGUGGUCUCUUGCGGAGUUUAAGAAGACUGUCGACAAGUGGCAACAAUUUAUGUAUCAAAACAAUGGUUGGAAUGCUCUCUAUUUGGAGAACCAUGAUCAACCUCGCGCUGUGAGCCGCUUUGCCAACGAUAGUCCUGAGUAUCGCGAGCAGAGUGCCAAAUUGAUCGCCAUCUUUCUCGGCUUCCAAGCGGGCACUCCUUUCGUUUAUCAAGGCCAAGAAAUCGGCAUGCACAAUGUACCGACCGAUUGGCCAUUGGAAGAGUACCAGGACAUCGACUGCCUGAAUCACUGGAGACUGAAAGGUCAAAACGCCGACCGCGAAACGCGGGAAACGUUCCUCCGAGAGUACCAGAAAAAGUCACGUGACAAUGCGCGCACUCCCGUUCAGUGGGACUCCAGCAAGCAUGCAGGGUUCACAACUGCCGACAAGCCCUGGAUGUCAGUGAAUCCCAACUACUCCGUGAUCAACGCCGCCGCCCAACUUGAUGACCCCAACUCAGUUUUCAACUGCUGGCGCACCGUCUUGAAUAUGCGUAAACAUCACAAGGAUGUGAUCGUGUACGGACGCUUCGAUCUUGUGGACGAAGAAAACGACAAGGUCUUCGCUUAUACGCGGACGAGUCCGCAGGGUAAAGUGCUCGUCGUCUGCAACUUUUCAGACGAAGCUGUUGACUGGGCCAGCUUGCCAUGUAGGGCUCAGGAAAUCUUGGUGACUACCACUGGGCGCACAUUGUCAAAUCUUUCCAGUGGUAAUAUUUCACUGGAGCCAUAUGAGGCUAUUGCUCUGCUAUUAGCGGUCUAG